CCCCUUCGGUUCGCUGUGAGAGGGCGAUGAGCUACGAACUGCAAGACUGGAAAGCCUCUCCAGUUCACCAACAAAAUAACCGGGUAGCAUAAUAGUAGCGAGACAGCGUGAGUGUCAUUGUUCCACGACGUUUUCAUAGAUUCAACAGAACGUAAACCGGUUAACGUAAAUCUGUGUCAAAUGGAUUCUUCUUAUGCCAGUUUGUAGACUAGGCUACAACGCUCAGUGAUAGAGUUGAUAUAUUGCGGGAGUCGAAGAAACAAUUGGGAAUCAAUACGUUCAAAACGAAAUCGGACGUCAUGAUAGCGCCUAAAACAUUUUAGUUAAGCUGUAGCCAGAUGAGUCUGCUGUGGAGGCCGUGACUUCCUCUCUGGUGAUCCAGAGGCUGCUGCUGCUGCUGCUGCUCCUGCUCCUUCCCCUUCCUGGUGCCCCGUGCGGGAGCGAGGAGAGGGGGGAUGUCGGCCGCACAGAUGCAGAGUGACGGGGAGCAGCGCUGGGGCUGCCUGGAGUCGCUGGGUCUGAGCCCACGGGAGCUGGUACUGGCUGAGGCCCUGCAGAUGGAGUAUGAUGCCCUGUCGCGCCUUCGGCAGGACAAGAGCCCGGCCAGCAGCAAGGGCCUGCCCGAUGGGGAUGAGGGGGGAAGCAACCCCCCACCGCCGCCCCAGAGGGAGCUACCACUGCCCCCUCCCCGGCCAGUCCCAAGCCCCCCGGGGAGUAGCUUUCAGAUGGGAGAUUGGGGAUCGGACCCCCUACUCCAGCCCAAUGGUGAUGGACAGCCCAGCAGGAGCAACACUCAACCGCCAACGUCCAGCAAGGAGCCGCUGUACAUCCUGGAAACGGGGCCCAUGAGCAAGGGCCACUAUGACGGACUCCCUCCCCCAAACGAGCCGCCACCAGCUCUGCCCCCGCGCAACCCUCUGCCGCCCCUGCCGGAUCCACCGAGACGCCCCCCGCCGACCCCCAGAGACAUCAACCUGUUCAGCCCGGAAGUGGACCAGCCCAAGCUGCUGUCCGCCGAUACGGUCAACUACGACCACCUCAACGACUCUCUGACCAAACUCAACGGGAACUGGUCCAGCCCCAGGGGGCGGCGAGGGGUCGGGGAGCAGGGAGGGAAGCCCGUGGCCCGAAGCAAAACCCUGCCGCCUCAGGUGCCCCCACGCACCUACGUGCCAACUCCAAAGUGUGCCCGAGCCAACCGCAGGGCGUCAGCAGACCCGGUGUCUCUGGGCUCGCGACUGAAUGGCUUGGGCUAUGAGCUCUUCCAAGUGUCUGAGGAACGGGAUGAAGAGGUGGCCGCCUUCUGUCACAUGCUGGAUGUUUUACGUUCGGCGUACCCUUGCAAUGAUCUCUCCAAGAACGCCGGCUUCGUGUGGAGCCCCUGUGUCACACAGGACGAGCUGCAGCAGGCCCUGGGGGUCAGCAUCAAAGUCACGGUGGUCAGUGAACUCUUCAGAGAGCCUCUCACCUUCACCUGCGAUGGAUCGUCCACGGUGGACCUGCUGAUCUAUCAGACACUGUGCUACACGCACAAUGACCUGGAGCUCAUUGACGUGGAUGGCUACCUGCUGAAGAUCUGCGGAAAGGCUGAGUUCCUGCACAAUAAGCAGACCCUUGCAAGUCUGGAGUACAUUCAGCAAUGCCUGAAGUUCGACUGGGACAUCCGCCUAAACCUGAGCGAAAGGGCAUCCGUGUGCGUGGAGCUGGCGAGAACGGAGGAUGACGACGAGACGCCGUCCAGCAUGAACCAUAGCAUCGAGCUUCAGGAGCGCACCAUCAAACAGACAGUCACCAGAGAGGCUCUGACGCUGCUUCUGGACACUUUCCAUAAUGAGGCCGAGUCCUUCCUCUUAUCAGAGGUGGAGAUACCUUUGCACGUGGAGAGGUUGGUGCAGUCGGUGAAGGCACUGUGUAGCUCUCUGGCCUCUGUUGAAACGCCGGACGUGACCUCUGCCCUGAACCAGCUGCCCGCCUGCCCCUGUCGACUGCAGCCCCGUGCAGAAGAAAAAGUGGUGGAGAAACUGACGUCGGCCAUCUUGGAUCUGGUGGAGCUGUACUGCAGCACAUUCAAUGCCAACUUCCACACAGCACCUCACAGCUACCGGCCCACUGUGCCAAUCCAGGAAGCUGGCAUGGUGACCAAUGUGUUGUCCUUCAGCGUCUAUGGUGCCCACCGCAUUCCUAUAACGUGGGCUGCCAGCUACGAGGGCUUCUUCCUGUCCUGCUCGCUCACACAUGGCGCUACGGAGUUGUGCGCCCCCCAGCACACCAGCAAGCAGGCUGUCAGCAAGUAUCUGUUCCAUCUGGUGGUCUGGGACCAGAGGGUUUGUUUCCCAGUUCAAAUCAACCAGUUGCCACGGGAGACGCAGCUGACGGUGACCUUGUAUGCCAGCCCCUUACCGCCCCCUGGAGGGGCAGAGGAGAAGGGCAAGCAGCGGCGCAGCGCAGAAUCCCUUGGCUGGGUCACCAUGCCCCUCUUCAACUUCAGACACGUUCUGACUUGUGGAAGGAAGUUGCUUGGUCUGUGGCCCUCAACACCAGGAAGCGCUGGAAAUGCUCGCUCAAGUACGCCAAACUUCAGCCAGCCAGACAGUGUCAUUGUACAGGUGGACUUCCCCACCUCCUCAUUCGAGGUGCGUUUCAGCACCCCUGCACCGGCCGAGUUCAGCCCCCAGUAUGAGUUCUCGCGGCUGGACCAGCACAGCCAGAAGCAGUUGCGAGACAUCCUGCAGAAGAAGUCCCUCUUCUGGCUGUCUCAGGAAGAGAAGCGUCUGCUGUGGGAGAAGCGCUACUUCUGCCAUGCAGAGAGCAGCAGGCUGCCUCUGGUGCUCGCUAGCGCCCCCCGCUGGGAGUGGGCCUGCCUGCCCGACAUUUACGCCCUGCUGCGCCACUGGGCCUGCAUGAACCACCUGGAUGCAGUGGGCCUUCUACACGCCACGUUCCCUGAUCAGGAAUGUAGGCGAACCGCUGUCCAGUGGAUGGACACAAUAUCUGAUCCAGAACUGCUGGACUUCCUGCCACAGUUAGUGCAGGCUCUGAAGUAUGAGUGUUACCUGGACAGCCCUCUGGUGCGCUUCCUGUUGAGGAGAGCCAUAGCAGACAUGCGCAUCGCUCACUACCUUUUCUGGCUGCUGAAGGACGCUCUGCAGGACUCUCAGUUCAGCGUGCGCUACCAGCAGCUGCUGGCCGCCGUGCUGUGCUGCGUGGGCCGUGGCCUCCGCGAGGAGUUUGACCGCCAGAGCUGGCUGGUGUCCAUCCUGGCCCAGGUCGCCCAGCGAGUGCGAGACGCCUCGCCUUCCUCACGCCAGGCGGUCCUCAGGGAAGCGCUGGAUGAGGUAAAGCAGUUCUUUUCUGCCAGCAGCAGUUGCCGCCUCCCCUUAAACCCUGGCCUCCUGGUGAAGGGCAUCAACAUCAAGUCCUGCUCCUUCUUCAACUCCAACGCUGUCCCCCUCAAGCUCUCCUUCCAAAGCAUGGACCCCCUUGGAGACCAGAUCAACGUCAUCUUCAAGUCUGGGGACGAUCUGAGACAAGACAUGCUGACCCUGCAGAUGAUCCGCAUCAUGAACAAGAUCUGGAUCCAGGAGGGCCUAGACAUGAGGAUGGUCAUUUUCCACUGCUUCUCCACUGGCCGUGGAAGAGGGAUGGUGGAGAUGAUCCCCAACGCCGAGACUCUGCGGAAAAUCCAGGUGGAGCACGGAGUCACCGGUUCCUUCAAGGACCGCCCACUGGCCGACUGGCUGCUGAAGCACAACCCCACAGAGGACGAGUAUGAAAAGGCGGUGGAGAACUUCAUCUACUCGUGCGCUGGCUGUUGUGUGGCCACCUACAUCCUGGGUAUCUGUGACCGCCACAAUGACAACAUCAUGCUCAAAACCAGCGGCCACAUGUUCCACAUCGACUUUGGGAAGUUCCUGGGCCACGCCCAGAUGUUUGGCAGCAUCAAGCGAGACCGUGUUCCAUUCGUCUUCACCUCAGACAUGGCUUACGUUAUUAACGGUGGAGACAAGCCUUCCAGAAGAUUCCAUGACUUUGUUGACCUGUGCUGUGAGGCUUACAACCUCAUUAGGAAACACUCACACUUGUUCCUCAACCUACUGGGCUUGAUGCUGUCCUGUGGGAUCCCAGAGCUGUCUGAUCUGGAGGACCUGAAGUACGUCUGCGAUGCCCUUCGGCCACACGAGUCGGAGGCUGAUGCCACCAUGUACUUUACCAGGUUAAUUGAGUCCAGUCUGGGCAGUGUUGCCACCAAGCUGAACUUCUUCAUCCACAACCUGGCCCAGAUGAAGUUCGCCUCCUCAGAGGAGCGGCCCGUCCUGUCCUUCGCCCCACGUGUCUACACCAUCAAGAGCGACGGCUCCAUCCGGAGCCUAUUCGUCUGUCAGCACAUGAAAACCUACAGCCCCAAUAAAGGCUAUACGUACGUGGUGAAGGUGGAGAGAGAUGGCCAACAGGGGGCGACACUGGUGCAGAGGAGCUUUGAGGAGUUCCACGAGCUUCACACCAAACUUCGCCUCAUCUUCCCCUCCUCCAAGUUGCCCAGCUUCCCCAGCCGCUUUGUGAUUGGUCGAUCUCGUGGCGAGGCCAUGGCCGACCGAAGGAAAGACGAGCUGAACGGCUACGUGUGGCACCUGAUCCACGCCACUCCAGAGGUUGCACAGUGUGACCUGGUCUACACGUUCUUUCAUCCCCUACCCCGAGAUGAGCGGCCAGGAACUGUGGUGAACACACUCCACACAAAACCUGGAGACUUCUCAUGGAGUCCUGUCCCUGGCAAAGUUGCAGGGGAAGUGAAACUCUCACUUUCCUUCAAGAGUGAUAAACUCUUUAUCAUGGUGAUGCACAUCCGUAGCCUGCAACCACUGCAGGAUGGCACGGACCCUGACCCCUAUGUCAAACUCUACCUCCUUCCCGAUCCCCAGAAAACCAGCAAGAGGAAGACCAAGGUUGCCCGGCGCACAUGCAACCCCACGUAUAAUGAGAUGUUGGUGUAUGACGGGAUCCCGCGGGGAGACCUGAAGCAGAGGGUGAUCCACCUGCGUGUGCUGAAUGAGGGGGCCUUCUGGGAGAGCACGCUCCUGGGGGAGGCCUUCAUCCCGCUCAAGAGCCUGGAGCCUGGCCAGCACUUGGUCGACUGGUACCAGCUGGGCACCGAGGGCUCCGAAACCAGCCGCUGAGCCCUAAGAGUGUGUGUGUGUGUGUGUGUGUGUGUGUGUGUGUGUGUGGGGGGGGACUGUGACCUGGUAACGUGGAGCGUGAUAUUAAAAAGGGGAUCAUGGAGUGUGUGAAGUUUGCUCAUGAGUUAUUGGUGAGCUGAUGAAGAAGCCCAUGGCUCAGAGGUGGAUAAUUUUCCCUCCUAGGGGGGGCAUCGUGUUGUGUUGUCUUCAGACUUAUAGCGUGGGAGAGACACUGGACCCUCUGAUGGGCCAGCCAUCACCGGAUACUGUAUGUGGUGUGACACAUUACAGGAGCGGACAUGGGGGACAUGGG